AAAUUACUCCCCCUUUAACUGCAACUCGAAGAGUUUAGCUUCUGCGGCUAAAUUCGCCAUUAAAGCCCUUCUGCUCUCAUCUACACUCCUGCUCUCAUGGCCAAGCCUUCCCAGCCUUUCCUCCAACUCAAUUCCCUCCCCUCCAUCAACCAAGAACCUCUUCCAUCGCCGCUGUCCCUACCACCGCCGGAACCCCUUCUUCAACCGUUAGCGGUUCUCAAAACCGAACCGGAACAUCAACAACAACCGCCAUCACCACCACCACCACCGCAGCAACAUGGGAAACCCCAUUUCUUGAAAUCCAUGGACGACCUUGCCUCCCUCUCCUCCGCAAUCCACGCUUUCCAAUGCAGAUUCGACGACUUAACCAAACACCUCGAUUUCAUCAACCAAGCCAUCGACUCCAAAUUGUAUGAACCGCAACAACAAAAACUCCCAGAAAUUGAAACCCAAUCCCCGCCCAAAGCAACGGAGACUGAUGGUGAAACGGAGAAAAAAGGACCCGACACAGCUUCUCCUCCGAAAUCCUCGCGUUCUGAAAUUCAAAGCCUCUGCGGGACGAUGUGUAGUAAAGGACUUCGCAAAUACAUUGCCACCCAUUUAUCGAACGUUGCUAAGCUUCGAGAAGAAGUUCCUGAGGCUCUAAAGCUUGCCCCAGAACCCGCCAGAUUGGUUCUUGAUUGCAUUGGGAGGUUCUUUCUACAAGGAAUAAAGGCUUAUGAUAAGGACUCGCCCAUGAUUCCGGCAAGGCUAGCUUCGGUUUUGGCUUUGGAGUUUUUCCUUUUGAUGAUGGGAGGGUUUCACGCUGAAGGUAAGGUUAAGAUUGCGGGAAACCUUAAGGCAGAAGCGGAGAAUGGAGCCAUUGCGUGGCGAAAGAGGUUGAUUAAUGAGGGUGGAUUGGCUAAGGCCAGUGAAGUUGAUGCUAGGGGCUUGUUGCUUUUCGUUGCUGGUUUUGGGAUUCCAAAAGUGUUUCGGAUUGAGGACUUGGGGAAUUUGCUGCGCUUGUGUAAUCUCAGGGCUAUUUCGGAUGCCUUAAAGGCCUCUCCCGUACUCCCUGAUAAAAUGCCUGAUAUCAUAGAGGUUAUGGCGAAGAAUGGAAUGCAUGUUGAAGCUGUUGAUGUUGCUUCCAUCUUUGGGCUUGAGGAUAAAUGCUCCCUUAAGAAAAUUUUGACUAUAUUCUUGCAAGAGUCUGCAAAAUCAUUCAAGAGGGCAAAGCAGGAAGCACAAAAUUCUCCCUUUGCACUGAGAAUGGCUAAUGAAAGACAAUUAGAUGCUUUGAAAUCCGUAGUCCGAUAUUCAGAAGAUUGCAGUAGUGAUGUAGCAAAGUUUCUUGGUUCGUGGCAAAUUGAAGAGAAGAUAGUCAAGUUGGAAGAAGAAAAUGCUGAACUGCAUAAAAGGAUAGAGGAAAGGAAAAUGAUACCAAAGAGAAAACUGGAUGAAAUGGGGUCCUCGAGUAGGGUUAAGAGUCAAGAAAUGAAACGUUCACGGUUUGCCACCAUAGGGUCACCCUUGCCUAAUUCUUCUCAUGUCAAUGGGUUGCAUGAGCAACUUGCUACUAGUCUCACUGAAGGCAUGAGGUUGUACGAAAGUGCUAUUUCUGGUCGUGUCGCCACUAGUUAUCCUGCUGCAUCAGCUGUACCACAUGGACUAACUGUUGGUUCUUUACCUCGAAAUGGAGUUGCCCAGAUGGUAGGAAUAAAUGGUGUUGGAAGCAGCAGUAUGAUGACGAGCAUAGGUGCCAUCUCAAGAAGUUCUUAUUCCAGGGCUCAUGGGGAGAUUGAAUUCAAUAAGGCUGAGCAAACGAUUAGUAGUGCUCUGCCAUAUGGAGGACGGCGACAACACUCAGGUGGGCAAUCCGCCACAUCCAUGAGAUUCGCUAGUUUAUACGGGUCAUCAGCAUCUAUAGAAGGCUUUGUUGGUUUGCCCGAUACUACUGACAGGACAUCAGCAGAUCUAUAUCGGUUUGCUGAUUCUAUAGGGGAAAAUGAGCCUUACAGCAGUAACUCUCACCGGUCUAGCACAUUGCCAAAUGUUGCGCCUGUCCAUCAGUCAUCCUAUAUGUAUUAGUAAAUAAUAGUACCUAGUUGUGUCUUUCAUUUUACUUAAUAGAUUAUAGAGAGAAAGAUUAAAAUCCUCUAUGUUCUUUUUGUUCCUUUCGAGCCAGGAGGAUACUUAAUCUGAUUACUUGUUUAUAUUUAUCGCAAUGAAGGCAAUUUGUUGAACCGGAUAA